CCUUAGGGGGCACUUAGAUUUAUCAUGUUUCUCUUUCCUUUCCUGGUUCUUUUCGUACAAAAGUAAUAAUAAUAAACAAUAAUAUAAAUAAAUAAGCAAUACAGAUUCUAUCUCAGCUGAUCUCCUUCUGAUUCAACCACAAAAACAACACAGUAUCUUUCAAACUUGUCAUUUUUUCAAAAUUCAGAAAAAAAUCUAUAUAAUAUUUGCUGAUUGCGUAUACCAAAAGCACUUCUGGUUCUGUUAAUCAAAUGAAUUAUGUUGUAAAUAAACCUCUGUUCAUCUCCACCAAACCCAUUUCCGUGACACAUGGAAACCAAUGAUAAUUCCCCUAAUAAGUGCUCAAUUGAUUACUUUUACAAUAUGUGCAAACAAGCAAGACUUAUUGACUUUUACAAGAUUUUAGAAGUUGAUUAUGAUGCAACUGAUGAGAAGAUCAGGUUAAAUUACCGAAGACUUGCACUGAAGUGGCAUCCUGAUAAGCACAAUGGUGAUAGUACUGUUACUGCAAAAUUCCAAGAGAUAAAUGAAGCCUACAAAGUGUUGAGUGAUCCUGCCAAACGCCUUGAAUAUGAUUUCACUGGGAUUUAUGAGAUUGAUAAGUAUACUUUGCGGGAAUAUCUUGCCAGAUUUAAAGGAAUGAUUCUUACCUGCAAUGGGCUUGGCAUUAGUCAACCAUCUAUAUGGACGCCACAACUGAAAGAAACCAAUGACUUUGCAGAUAAAUAAGAUCUGUUCAUUACAAUGUUGGUGAGAUAGACCUCUUAAACUUGCUCUUGUCGACUCAGAUCUCUGCAAUUGAAAAUUUCCAAUUCGCAUGAAUUUCAGAAUUACUGUGUGAAUUGAAGGAGUAGAUUGUAUGGAAUUGCCAAGGCAGCUGCAGAUGGGCCUGAGUAUGUUUGUACUGUUACAUUUUAUACAGUAUCAAUCCAUAUCAGUAAUUAGGAAAUAAUUCUUUCGAGAAGAAAGCUCAUUUUAUGUGGCUCUGAGAUAUAUUGAGAUGUGAAUAUGUGAAAGAUACGAUUUACCCAUUCGAUUCAAUUCAAUCAUCUAUCAUCUGUCGACUAA